AUGAAGUUCUUCGCUACCGCCUCUGCGCUCGUCGCCCUCGCCUCUACGGCACUCGCAGGUCCUCAGGGCUGCAUCUCAACUAAGCAGGCCAAGCAGCUCACGAGCCAGUUCUCCAGCCUGCUGAGCCAGUCAGAUGACUACAUGAGCACUGGCAAGGCAAUUCUGGCCAAGGACUACGUCGAGAUCUCGGACUCUAUCAUGUCUCUUACUCAGCGCCCUCUCGGCGGAGUAACCUUCGAAGGCCGCGACGCAUACCUCGCCGGCCUCUCCCACUCCCCGCCAGUCCAGGGCAUCGAGACCAUCGGCGUCUACGUCACCGGCUGCAGCAAGGUCAUCUGGCAAUGGCAGUUCAACGGCGUCGGGUCCGCUGAGUACCCCGUCAAGGGUUUCUCCCUCUUCACCACCAACCGCAAGAACCAGAUCCUCAAGAGCGAAAUCGAGUUCAACUCGGUCGCCUGGGGCCAGGACAUCUCCCAGCUUCCGUGCGGCGACGUCGAACAGUCUGCUGGCGGCCCGCCAAGCGCCUCUGGACCACCUGCUGCGACCGGAUCGGAACCCGCGGUUGCGUCUACGGUUGUGAUUGUUGCUUAA